CCUCACGGAAAAAGAUAGGACCGGCCAGCGAACUGCCCUGCUUGCAACCCGAAUUUAGUCCGAUUUUCGGCCAGUUUCGGCCAGAAACCCCGAAUUCGAGCUUGCGGACCGCUUCGAGAGGCGAUGGCGGCGAUGACGCCGUUGCUGUCGGCUCCGGCGGCGACCUCGACGCCGACGAGCCGUGUUGUGGAGCCGAAGCCGGCCGCCGGGGACUACGUGGACAAGUUCAAUUGGGUGCAGCAGCAGACCAGACAAGCCAGAUACGCCGAAAGCUGGGGCAUUUUCAACUUCGGCGUCCUCAUCUUCUUCCUUUACGACCUAUUCGAGAACUGCGCGGGUCGGCCGAAAUGGGUGCAAUGCGCCGAAAUGGGCGCCUUGCUGAUGCUGUCUUUGAACAUGGCCUACCACCUGUACGUCUACUUCCACAUCCUCCUCACCUACAAGGCGCCGCAGCUGACGCCCGAACAGAAACAACUCCUCUGCAUCCACCCCGAUGACCCUCUGUUUUCGACGGUGGUCGAGGAGCCGAAGGCCAAGAAGCCGGACGUGAGUGCCUCCGCGGCGGACGCGUCCGCCACCAGCUGGCUCAGCCUGUCCCUGCUGUCCAAAAAAAGCACUCCCGCGAGUGCGAACGUGUCCUGGGCGGCGUCCGUCAACUCGUCGCUGUCGUCGUCCUGGCUGCUCAGUCCGGGCGGGGAGGACUGCCCCACGCCCCUCCACUGCGACCCUGACGAACCUGUCGUCGACGAACCCUCGCUCAUCAGGUACAUGGACAAACUCGAACGGCUCGAACAGCAAAAUGCGGCCAAGAACACCAACAGUCCGCUGAACUCUUCGCCGCCGAACCUGAGCCUCUUGUGGAACAGCCAGGUGAAUUCCGUGAGCCCUGACCUGGUUUUGCCAGCAAACAUGGCAUACCACCUGUCGAGCAGUACUCCAGCGCCGACCCUGAACACGAGCGGCAGUCCUGGCAUAGACAGCCUUCCUGGCGUCGACAUGCAGGCCGUCACGGACAAAUUCUGGCAGAAGGAGGGCUUCGGACAGCAGCACCUUUCGCAGUGCAACAAAAACCUGCGUCAGUGGGUGACGGCGACGGUGUUGGUGCCCGUACUGCGAGAGGUGGAGGCCACGAACAAGGCCCUGACGACCCUUGGCGCGGGCGAGGAACGCGUCGGCCACGCCCCCCUGGACAAGCUGAAGCGCAUCAGCCAGACGCAACAGGUUGCCGCCUACGUGCCCAACCUGGCCACGCUGCUGCCCUUCCUCGAACUCACGCCGCAUCAGCCUUACCUGCUGCACCGGCUCAAAGAACUGGCGCACGGUGGCUGCAUGAGUGACUUCCGGUGGAAUGCUGGCAGCACCUUCAACGGAAAACCCUGGGAUGACACCCUUCCAACUGAUACUCAGAUCGUGCUGCACCUGCUGGCCGUGUACCUGGACCUGCAGCUGCCCCCGAUGCGGCACCGGACGGACCCGCGGCCCUUCUCGGCCGUGCACCUGAGCAGGGCCGCCGACAAACCAAAGCCUGGCGCCAACGACGUGCUCAUUCACCAGCUCACCGCCGCUCCGCCCCACUUUGUGCUCAUAUGGAAGGGCACCAUCUUCGAACUCCCAAAGGGCCGGAACAAUUUGCUGCACACCCUGCUGCUGUUCUUACACAAGUUGAAGGCCGAGGAGGGCGGCAUGCUGGGCAGGGUCAGCCUCGGUCCUUCAGGCCUCAAUAUUCUCUGGGUGCUCGAAGACGCCUGAUUUCAACUUUUCUUUUGUAUUAAUGUCGAUAAUGCACAUCUCCUGAUAAUUUGUAUAAAAUUGUGUGUCAAAUAUAUAAAGUAAAUUGAUUUCUUACGAGAGAAAUAAUUUC